UGGUAUUGGCAUGAGCUAUUCUAUACGCGUACUCGACUCGAGUCUCCCUCACUCGACUUGAGAGACGAGAAGUCGACUAGAGGCCCGAGUUCAGUAUCCGGUUGACAGCCGGUGAGGCGGCGGCGUCAUGUUUCUCUAGCGUCCGAUACGCGCGCCGCCUCUGCGCGAUUUUCUAUCAUUUGUAAAUAUAUUUUGUACACAAAUAUAUUACGGUCAGUACAAGCGUAAGGACUGCGUGCAAGUGACUGUUACCUGGAUUUAUGAACAUUUAAUAACAUUUGUAGGUACCUAUAUACCGUAAAUAUUUAAGUACAUCGAACUGUUGCAAUACCUACCUUUGAUACAAUUUUAAUUGAGCACUAAAUAGCUAAUAUUACGUUGGUUUUAAUAGCCAAAUUGUAGUGUAAUUAGUAAGUUUGUUAAGAUACCUAUGUUUACGGUUAGUAAAAUUUUUGUGUUAUCGUCAUGUAAAGUAAAAGUGUUACGACUGACUAGUAUUGAAUGAAUUAUAAUUAUUAAUAGUUAGUACGAAAAACUACAAUAUUUAAAAUUGGUGAGGUGAAAUUGAUCGUCAAGUUUGAGGAUAUCUAAAUCAACAAUGGCGGAUCGUGAACGUCCUGCGAAAACCCCCAUCAGGGUGGGUUUUUAUGACAUUGAAAGGACCAUAGGCAAAGGGAAUUUUGCCGUCGUAAAGUUAGCGCGACAUCGAAUAACGAAGACUGAGGUAGCAAUUAAGAUAAUAGAUAAAUCACAAUUAGACGCCAGCAAUCUUCAAAAAGUCUACAGAGAAGUGGAUAUCAUGAAGAGACUGGACCAUCCUCAUAUUAUUAAGCUUUAUCAGGUCAUGGAAACGAAAAACAUGAUCUACAUAGUAUCAGAAUACGCCAGUAAAGGGGAGAUUUUUGAUUAUAUCGCUAGGUACGGCCGGAUGGCGGAGCAGGCGGCUCGCCGAAAGUUCUGGCAAAUCCUAUCCGCUGUUGAAUAUUGUCACGAAAGGCGGAUCGUACAUAGAGAUCUUAAGGCGGAGAACUUGUUACUGGACGCGAACAUGAAUAUCAAAAUCGCAGACUUCGGGUUCAGCAACUACUACGCGACGGGGGAGCUGCUGGCCACGUGGUGCGGGUCGCCGCCCUACGCCGCGCCCGAAGUCUUCGAGGGGAAGCGGUACACCGGCCCUGAAAUUGACAUAUGGAGCCUGGGGGUUGUGUUGUACGUGCUAGUCUGCGGCGCCUUGCCCUUCGACGGUUCUACUUUGCAGUCGCUGAGGGACCGGGUGCUGUCGGGCAGGUUUAGGAUACCCUAUUUUAUGAGUGAAGACUGCGAGUCCCUAAUCCGCAAGAUGCUAGUCCUAGAACCAAUGAAGCGGUAUACGAUAGACCAGAUCAAGAAGCAUCGGUGGAUGUCGGUGGAGCCCUACACGGCGCCCGCAGUGGCCGCCGACCCGAUGCGGAGCCCUGCGCACGUCACGCACCAUACCCAGGAGCCGAAUGAGCAGGUGCUCCGGUUGAUGCAGAGCUUGGGGAUCGAUCCAGUCAAAACCAAAGAAAGUCUUCGCUCGAACAGUUACGACCACCAUGCGGCGAUCUACCUGUUGCUGCUGGAGCGGCUGCGGGCGCGCGCGGCUGGCGGCGACUGCCGUAGGCCGGCGCGCCGGGCCUCCUCCGCCGCCGACCCGGCGCUGGCCAGGGAGGCGCACGACGCGAGGCGAGAACAUCACAAUAGGUUACUGCAUUCGGGCGAACAAUCGAGAGAUUACAACAGAUCUGGCGCGGUACCCGCUGCUCCGGCCGACUCGUCGUCAGCGGAGACGCAGCGGCUGCUGUCGCUCGCGGGUGUGAACAUGACCGAACAAAGGCUUCUGCAGCGAAGCUCUGACCCUUCGGACACGCACCGCAGCUUCCUGGUGGCGAAUCUGGACGCCGCGCGCAGCCACGAGCUGGAGUCCACGCGCCUGUUGUCCAUGCGCAGCAUCGACGUCGCGCAGUCCGCCCAGAGGCUGGGCGCCAAGCCCAGCGACGCGCCCCCGCACCGCCUGCUCGCCUCCACGUACGAACAGCAACAGAACAUCCUCAAACAGUCCAGCGAGGACUGCCGACGGCUGCUGCAGCAGUCCACCACAGUGGGGCCAGAAACUAACAAACCCAAUGCCGAAAGCACGAGGCUUCUAACCUCAUCCAGUUUCGAUUCAAAAUGUGCUAUCGACGGAGGCCGGAGCGCGUCGGCGGCGGACCAUAAUGCGAUAACGAACUUCCUUCAAAAUUCUGCUUCGGCGACUAACUUUAACGUCGAGACGAUCAAACUGCCCAGCUCCACUACAUUCACAAUGUGUUCCGAAGCGGCAAAACUUAUGAAUACGUUACAACAAUCGCCGCUACCUUUAAAGGGUACGUUAAAUCUUAGCACUAGUCCCAUACCCUCUCAAUUCACAGACACGAAACUGAGUAGUGUCUUAGAACAGCCGAAGCCGCUCGAAUCUACUAGAUUAGUCUCCCAGGCUCAGCAGCAAGAUCUCAGUCGAUUGCAAACCAGUACGCCUCCGUUCAAGGAUUACAUGAAUCACCUUCCGAGCUAUUCGUAUCUACAAAACACUGCCCUACCGCCCGCAUCCUCCGAAGCCAAUUAUUCCGCAACGUCGACUUCUAACGAUUUAUUUCCGAGUACGCUUUACAGACCUGAUAGUAAAUUUUCAUUGAAUAGAUAUAGCACCUGUCAAACUUACGCUCCAGUGCUUCCCAAUAAUACAACCGAGCCGACAAAAUUUCAACAGCAGUAUUCGUCAUCGACCGACGAAGGAUGUGAAACCGAUAUGGAAGACGUUGCGAAUAUGCCCAGCGGAGUACAAAACAGGUUAAGUUCAUAUGCGAGUUCCAGUUCCAGUAGUGGAGUAGUCACUUUUUUUAACAACAAAAGCCUCAGUCAGAACCUCAGUUGCGAUUCAUCGCAGAGCAAUUUUUCAACGUUCGAAAGCAUAGACUACCAGCUGUCGGACGAGCUGGCCAGCAGUCUGCCGAGUUGCACAUCCAAUGAAGAUAAGCUAGCGUAUGAAAACAACUCCCUCGUCAACACUAGUCCGAUGCAUCCUUGCGUUUAUAUCUCUUCGUACAACAGUAAGGGGCCCGGCACCGGAUUUAUCGCGCGACAUAAUCCCAUUAACUACCAGUCCGCCAACAAAAACUGCCAGCGGUCCAUCACGCGGAGUCCCGUGGACUUCCGCGAGGGCCGCCGCGCCAGCGACGGCCUCGUGGCGCAGCAGGCGGCGCAAGCCAACGACUCGCAGAAGAAUACUCUAGCCUUCAAUAGCCAAAGGUUAAACGAAAACUGUAAAGCGAAGGGUGUUUUAGAACUUCACCUCGUUCAAAAAGAAGCGCAACAGUUAAAAACUCAGUACCAGUCCUCACUGCCGGCGGAGGAAAUGACGCAGAGACAAAUUCAGCACAACCAGUUCGCAGCUAGCUACACCCCACACUAUUUAGAUACCAAACAUCCUACGCCCAAGAGAAUAAGUCUCCCCGAAAGCUUCAAUUACUCAAGCACUUCUCCGCCGAUGCCAGCGAGUCCUAAGAUGGUCGCUGCUCUUCAGGAUCCUUUGGAGCUGGCGCACGGAGCGUCUCUGUCCCAAGUCAGCAAACCUCCCCUCCAGCAGCAGCUAAUGCAGCACAGACUGUUCCAGCAGAAGCGGCAACUGCUGCAGAAACAGAUGACUCCGCCCAACCUGCCCGCGCACGACAUGGGGCCCCUGCACAGCCUGCAAGUCGGCCUCAGCCGGCGGCAGAUGCUCCGGCAACAGAGUUACAAAAUAGCACAGCAACAGCAAAUCCUGCCGCCCUUGCCGCUGACGGAGUCCGAGAACAGGGACUUGCUCGCGUUCCAGGCGAUAGUCGAAGACCCGAAUCGGAUGAAGGGCAAAGGCGAGGAGAGCCAGGAGGAGGCGAAAUUCACGUAUCAAGGUUCGAUGGACAUCAGUAUACACCAGGACAGAUUAGGGAACGAGAACUGGUCCAACUUGCCGUCCAGCCUGCAGAGCGCCUGCCAGAUCUCGGAGCUGAGCCGGCGCGAGGCGCGCGAGGGCGAGGCGGAGGGCGCGCCGCUGUGGCCGGGCCAGUGGGGCGCCGCGCUGUUCCAGCCGCAGGCCUGCUUCCAGGUAUUCCAACAGAUCAACUAGUAGAUCUCCACGUAGGAGUAGUCGUAGCUGGUAGUGGCGAUUGUUGCACGCGUUAUGUAGCCCGCUCCACGACACGUACACUUUUUUCCAUAGCCUUAAACGAUAUGAAAAGUGAAAAUAUUUCGAAGGUGUUGCAGCUAAUAAUUUUCACGAUAUUGAGCCCUGUUUUACAGGCCAUACCGCGGUAAAUUCUUGUUUUAAUAAAUGGUAAAUUGUUGCGUGAAAUGGACUCGGAGGCCGAGCGAUAUUAUUUGUCGGAGUUUAAGGCCGCUGCUAGGUGGAACUUUGGUCUCAUUGUAGUCGUAUUCGUUUAUAUUUACGCGGAAGACUCUGAUGUUGAAAACUGAAAGGCAUGAAAUGAACAGUAGAAUGCAUGACAAUAACUAGUGCUUUAAAUAAAAUAGCUCGUGAACCACGAGAUUAUCGACAUUAUUUUAUCAAAUAGUUGCCGUUUGUUUAGUAAAAUGAAUACAACUUUAAUAACAAUUUAUAAAUUUUAGAUCAAUAUUGAAAUUGUAUCCAGUAGUACCUAUAGGUAUUUAAUUUGUAUUCAUCAAUUUUAACAUUCAUUCCUGUUGGUUAAUACUGACGUUCUCUUUAUGUUUGACCAAUUCCUAUACUUUAACUUGCCAAAUAUUGUAUUAUAUUUAAAUAAUGUAUAAUAUUAAUUAAUUGCAUUUUAAAAUGUACUGCAAGCAUCACUAGAUAAUGUUCCUACAUAUUUAUUCAUAAUUAAUCAGCCCCAACGGUAUCUAUAUAAAAUAGAUAAUAUUUUCGAAAAUGUGCUUCGAGUGACUAUUUAUGAUUACUAUAUUGUAAGCAUAGUUACCUCUAAUCGUUCGGAAAUUAGUUUUCUUAUGUGAGUCUGUAUUAUACAGGUUUUUAUUAUUAUUUGCUAAGUAUAAUGUAAUAUUCUAUGUAAGAUGUGAUAGCUUUACUUAGAAGCAAGUUUUAUUUAAAAAUAUAAGUAAAUGUAAAAUUUAUAAUA